GGGGACCCUCCUGGCUCUGGCACUUGGAGUUCUUUCGAGCUUUGCCAUUUUAUAAUCUAAGGACCCUCCCAACUCUGGCACUCUCUGUUCUAAAGUCCCUCCCAGUUCUAACAUUCUAUAAUCUAAGGACCCUCCCAGCUCUGACAUUUAGUGUUCCAAGGUCCCUUCCAGCUCAGAUAUUCUCUGUUCUCAGGUCUCUUCCAGCUCUAGCAUUCUGAUUCCCAGCAGCCCUGAAUUCAGGCAGCAGCGUUCUGGAACAGAGAACAGGGCCUGCUGCAUCAAGAAGCUGAAGAUAGAGAGAAAACAAGCUUGACUAGGCCCCCGGUGGGAUGGCCUAAGCAGACCUCAGCGCACCGGGUCCAUGAAUUAUCUUUGCCAAAAGGACUUCGACAUGUAUCCAGGUUCUCUUCGGUACGGCACCCACAGUGGGGGCAGCAGAGGCCCCUACAGCCACCUCCAGAACCACAACUUUGGGCCAGGCUCAGCCUAUGCGUACUACAUGGGAUACCAUGGAUACCAUCAAGUGACCAGCCUGGAUGCCCAUAGGCAGUGGUUUGAGGGCUGGGUGCCCCCCGCUGAAGCAUCCUCAGAUCAUGGGGGGAAAGCUUCACCAGGCAAGACGCCUCACACCCCUGACUCCAGCAGCCUGCUCGCCCUUCCCAGGGCCCCCAAAGAGUACUCUCCCAAGGACACGGAGCCCCAUUCCUGCAGCAGAAAUGGUCACCACACCUAUGCGUGGAUGCAAAAGACCAUGGGAUACACAGGGAAAACGAGGAAAGAGAAAUACCGGAUGGUUUAUACAGACCAUCAGAGACUGGAGCUGGAGAAAGAAUUUUACUUUGCUAGAUACAUCUCCUCACCAAGGCGGCUGGAACUGGCAUCCUCUCUGAACCUUUCAGAGAGACAGGUGAAGAUCUGGUUCCAGAACCGUAGAGCCAAAGAGAAAAAACAAAUGAGCAGGAAAUCCCUUCCUGCUGAUAACAACCAAGACUCCUUAGCAUGGAAUUCAGGCUUGGCUGGCCCUUCUCAAGGACUAGCCCUCAAAUGAUCCCCCUAUCCCCCAAUCUGGUCACCUCUCAUCUUUGAGGGCUCACCUUGUAGUUGGAGCAUAAGGGAGGUAGUGAGUUCUCAGUAAGGUGAAAGACAGGGGCUGGAUUAUAGGGGAGAAGCCCUUCCCAUUCCCAUUAAUCUCACUGAGGUAGCUGAUGAUGCAGAAGAUAGAGCACUGAUCCUGGAGUCAGGAAGACCCGAGUUCAAAUUCACUCAGACUUGUACCAGCUGUGUGACCCAGGGCAAAUCAUUGUACCUCAGUUUCUAUCUGUAAAAUGGGGAUAAUAAUAACACUGAUCCCAAUAGGGUUGUUGUGAGGAUAAAAUGAGAUGACAUUAAUAAAAGCACUGCAUUUAGGGCCAGCGAGGUGGCUCAGUGACUUACAAGCCAGGCCUAGAGAUGGGAGGUUCUGGGUUCAAAUAGGACCUCAGACACUUCCUAGCUGUAUGACCCUGGGCAAGUCACUUAACCCCCAUUGCCUAGCCCUUACUGCUCCUCUCUCUUGGAACCAAUACACACCAUUGAUUUUAAGAAUGAAGAUAGGUGUUUUUAAAGCACUACAGAUAUAGCACAGUGCUUGGCAAACAGUAGAUGCUAUAUAAAUGCUUAAUCCCUUCCUAGUCUCCUCUUUUCUCAUUGUUUUCUAAUGUCAGAAGAGCAAAAAAUAAUGAUGAAAGCCCUGAAUGGAAUACAGAAGAGACCUGGGAGAAGGAAUAGAAGAUAUUUAUUUUCAAGAAGAAAAGCCUUGGCUUGAGGUGGUGGGGAGAAGAAGAGCUGAUAGCUGGAGAUACAUUUCCAAAAGGUUGCCAAUGUGUGAGUGCCUGGCCUAUAGUGGAUGCUUUAAGAAUACUUGUAUCCUAGCUGUGUGACUCUGAGCAAGUCAUUUAACCCCAAGUGCCUUGCUUUUACUUGUCUUCUGCCUUGGAGCCAAUUCUCAGUAUCAAUUCGAAGACAGAAGGUAAGGUAUUAAAAAAACAAAUUUGUGUCAUUGAAUGAAGGAUUAAAAGACUAAUAUUCUAGAGAAGGAACCUCAGUGACCAUAUGAUACCACUCCUUCAACAGAAGGGGAAACUGGGGUCCAGGGAGGAGAAGUGACUUGCUCUGGGUCACACCUAAGAUCCUAGAUCUAAUAAUAAUAACUAGCAUUUAUAUAGCGUUUUAAAGUAUGCAAAGCACUUUACACAUGUCAUUUCAGUUGAUUCUUACAAUAAGUCUGAGGUAGGUACUGUUAUUAUCUCCAUUUUACAGAUGAACAAACUGAGUAAGCCUCAAGGAUUUGCUCAAGGUCCCACAGCUAGCAAUUAUCUGAGGCAAAAUUCAAACUCUGGUCUCACCAUCUUGAAGUCCAGUGUUCCAACCUCUGUGUCUCUUCAAGCUGCCUUUUAGAACUGAGAGGGAUCCUGGAGGCUAACAAAUCCAAACUCCUCCUUUUACAAAGGAGGAAACUGGGACCCAAGGAGAGGAAAUGACUUGUCCAAGGUCACAUGUAGCAUCCUCAAUCUAGAGCUGGAAGGGGUCUCAGAGGCCAUCAAAUCCAACCCCUUCUUGUUACAAAAGAAAAUACUAGAAAACAGAGAGGGAAAGUGGUUUGCCCAAGGUCAUCUAGUUCAUAAGAAUCUCAAGAUGGAUACAUGGCACCACGAUUCCUGGUCACUGCAGACCUUGGCCCUCUUUGGUUGGAUUGUAGGGUAAAAGUAGAAGUAGUUGUAGGCAGAAGGUCUUUGCCUUCUCCAAAACCUCUUCUAAAAAUGCCCAAGUCUUGACCUUCCUCUUCAUGGAGGCUGUCUUUGGAUCACCUCCAUUCUAAAGGCAGUAAGGAAAAAACAAAAACAAAUAAUGAGGUGAGAGAAAAGGUUGAGCUGGCCAAGGAAGGAAGGAAGAAUGAAUGAAUGAAUGAAUCCAGCCUUCAAUUCUAGCCUCUGGUCUCUGGGCCACAAAUCAGGAGGCUCAAAUUCAAGACCUUGCUCCCUGACUUAGUGGCCACAUGAUCUCAGCCAUGGCAAGUCAUCCCACAGAGUUCUCACUUUGGCAAUUCUGUAGAAUGAGGAGAAGUUGGAGCAGCCAGUUUCCAAGACCCCUCUCAUCUUUGGGUUCUGGGUUCCUGCAUUCAUUCAUUCAACCAGCAUUCAUGAAAGAUCUACUCCAAGAUGGGAAGGUGUACAGGGGAAAAUCGGGGAAAUACCAAGGCUAAAAAACCCAUGAAAUCCAUUUCUGUAAAUGUCUAGAGUGCUCAAGCACAGAGCUAGACACUGCAGAUCUCGAGACAAAACGAACCCCCCCCCGACGUCAGCGAGCAUAAUUGUACUGGGGAGAACAGACUCAUUCGAGUCACUGCACAGGAUUGCCAGCAGGGAAGAGCGCCUUAGUUAGUAGCUGAAGGAAUCCCAGAGGGAGGGUUCUCGGAUUCCUUCUAGCUCUACCGUUCUGCCAGCCUGCGUUCGUUCGGUGCGAUGGUGUAGGGUGCGGUUUCCAAGCCCAGCAUCUGUGGAGCCACCCUUCGGGCCAGACGCGAGAGCUUCAAGUGGCGGGAAAGCCAAAGGCACGUCCCUGCCCUCAAGAAGCUUACGUGGUACCAAGUCUGCACAUCCAGGGCGAGCUAUGGCAAGCUGAUGUUGGGAAGGGGUGGCGGAAGGUGCUGGCCAGCAGAGGGGAGGGAGGGAAGGCCAACCCACGAAUCGCCCACGAACAGGCACCGUGGGGAAUGGGAGCCGGUUAUACAGAGUAUUCACAGGGUUCUUUGUCAGGGAUGGGGCGGGCGGGGGCACUAGCAGCUGGGGGACAAGUGAAGGGUUCGUGUAGGCGGUGGGGAAGGGAGGUUGGAAGCCAUGUAGCCGCCCAGUGGUCCAGCAGAGGUCUGGGAACGCGGCAAAGGAAGACUUGGAUGUCGUGGUGCUUUACACGAUGUUUGUAUUGUUCUCGCGAGCCCCGAGUCCUUUCCGACGGGUAUGGGGAAACGCAAAAGCCUUCUUUCAAUAAAUAACUCCGCCUUUUCCACGAA